UGCAUUGCAAAGAUAGAGACUUUUUGUUGUCAACAAUGAGCGGAAGAGGCAAAACCGGCGGCAAAGCGAGAGCGAAGGCCAAGACUCGCUCCUCCAGAGCAGGGCUGCAGUUCCCCGUCGGCCGUGUUCACAGACUUCUCCGCAAGGGGAACUACGCCGAGCGCGUCGGUGCCGGAGCUCCCGUCUAUCUGGCGGCUGUGCUCGAGUAUCUGACCGCUGAGAUCCUGGAGUUGGCUGGAAACGCCGCGAGAGACAAUAAGAAGACCCGCAUCAUUCCCCGUCACCUGCAGCUGGCGGUGCGCAAUGACGAGGAGCUCAACAAACUCCUGGGUCGAGUGACCAUCGCUCAGGGCGGCGUGCUGCCCAACAUCCAGGCCGUGCUUCUGCCCAAGAAGACCGAGAAACCCGCCAAAGCCAAGUAAACCGAGUCCGCUCUGUUUCUCAAACACAAAGGCUCUUUUAAGAGCCACCCAUUUUAUUUUUUAGAGAGCGCUUU